UUUGUUUAAUAUUUCCUGGAAGGAGAAAAUGAAACUGAUCGAACUCAAGUGUGUGGCUAUUCUCAUACAAGCCACUAACCGAAUGGGAGAGCUGACUGGAUCACGCACUGCUGAAAGAUAACACCACCCAACGGUUGAAUAACAACACCAUUCAUUGCAAGAAAAAACAUCAAGAACGCCAUCAUGUCCAAAAAGAAAAUGAAAAAUCUGAAACAACAAAUAAACGGGCUGAGAGAGGAGGUAGCGUCAAUUAGGAACGACUGUGACAAUAGAGAGACAAAGUUUAAUGAACUGUUUGAAAAAUAUCAACUGCAGGAGGAGCUAUUGACGGAGAUUUUCGCUGACGUGUCGAAUCUCAGUCAGAUUGUUAGGGAAAGCAACGAGUUUCACCGCCUGCAUGGAGCUGAUAUUUCGUCUCAAGAAACUGAUUUUCAAAACAAUCUGAACGGCGAGGCCGAGAUAAUACAGAGGCUAGAAUCACUAGAACAAAAGCUACCCACUAUCUCUAGCACACAAACAGAAAUUGAGAAUAUCAGAGAGGUUUGUGACGAGCUUGUAGAGAAGAUCAGACACCAGGAGGAAACAACCAGCGAGCUACGGGCCAAUUGGUCGGAGUAUGAGAGAUGUAACGAAUACGAGACACGGGCUAGUAACUCGGAUGAUUUCGACAAUAUAAUGUUUGAUGUUGAGAAGAUCAAAGAAGAAAAUGGAGCAAGGGACAACCAAAUAUCUGAUCUGUGUGAGAACAGUGCUGCCGCGGAUGCUCGCUUAGAGGACCUGUGUGGCAGGACAAAAGUGCUGGAAAGUUCUUCAAACGAUUUUCAAGUUAGGAUGCAGCAAGCUGAAGGAGGUAUUAAGGACAACUCAGAUGCUCUAGACGAUUUGACAGACAGGCAGGAUAAAGUUGAUCAAAGGCUACAGGCGGACUUGACAAAACAUGAAACAAUUAGAAAAUGGCAAGAGGAAAUAACUGACCGACUAGAAACGGACCUCACAAGGUUAGAGAAAAUUAGAGGGUGGCAGGACAGUAUUGACGACAGGCUAGAAACGGACCGAACCAGGCUAGAGGAAAUUAAAUGUUGGCAGGACAGGAUCGACGACAAGCAAGAGAAAGAUCUCACAAGGUUAGAGGAAACUAGGGGGUGGCAAGACAGGAUUGAGGACAGGCUAGAGACGGACCUCACAAAGCAAGAAGAAAUUAGAGUGUGGCAGGGCAGGAUCGAAGACAGACUAGAAGAGUAUGACACAAGGUUAGAGGAAAUUAGGGAAUGGCAGGACAGGAUUGACAACAGACUAGAAGCAGAUGGCACAAGCUUAGAGGAAAUUAGAGUGUGGCAGGACAAUAUUGACGACCGGCUAGCAACGGACCAAACCAGGCUAGUGGAAAUUAGACAGUGGCAACAGCGUAUUGAGGACAGGCUUGAUGCCGAUUUAAACCACCAGGAUAACGUAAACACAACUCAGAACGUAAUUCUCACACAAGUUCAGAGACUGGAUCAAUCACUGUUUGGUAUCGGCGAGAACCUCUCGACCCAACUGCAGCAACUGAAGACAAAACUGAAGCAUGUGGCGAAAAAAGGUCUUGCUCGGGGCAAAAUUCUCCACAAUUUAGCAUCAUUUAGCAAAAAGCUUCUACAUACGUAUCGAAUCAUGUUCUCUAGAGUAAUUGACCUUGAUUCUCAGGUUCAGAAAGCAGCGGAACUCAGCGAGAAAGAGAUAUCUCUCUUAGAGCAGCGUGUUGUCAAGGCUGAAGAUAAGUACCUGUAUAUACAGUCAGCGUCUAAAGACACACAAACCGAGUUAUCUCCCAUCGGGUUUACGGCCGCACCCAGAGGCUUGGCAUCCACAGUCGUGAGAAGGGGAGACGUGGUGCAAAACUUCACCGACGUGUCCUACAACAAGGGCGGCUACUUCAACCCCUCCACUGGCGCGUUUACCGCCCCUGUCGCCGGCCUUUACUAUACCAGCCUGACCAUGUCCAAAAUGAACCAGGGCCGGAUCGACCUUCACGUGAAGCAUAGACCGGAAAAUUCCGGCCGAGGUGACCGGCCCGUGAAAAUUGUCUGCCGGGCGCAUAGUGGUCAAGACGAGACGAGUUCAACCGGUGCCGGUUUGUGUUACUUGGAAACGGGCGACAGUCUCUACGUUGUUGCUGUCACUGUUUCACAAGAUGCUGUUUUAAACUGCUACUCCAGUUUCUCGUGCUUUCUUGUUAGUUAAUUAAUCAUUAACAUUGUUGUUUCGACCUAAUUGUUUUUUUUUUAAUGAGUGAAAUUG